CCCCGCCCCACACUCUUCUUUUUUUUUUCUUCCCCCUCCCCCUUCCUCCUCUCGCUUCGCUUUGGCAGUAGGAGGAGGCCGCGAACUGGCCUGGUCGGCUUUCUGCGCCCUCCCGUCUUCCUUUCGCCCAGAUUUCUCCACUUGUACUAUAAGAGGCGAGAAGAGACCCAUUCAAGAGAAUGAGUGAACUGGAACAAUUACGGCAGGAGGCAGAACAGCUCCGGAAUCAAAUCAGAGAUGCAAGGAAAGCAUGUAGCGACACAACUCUUGCUCAGAUCACCACAAGUCUUGACUCCGUCGGUCGAAUCCAGAUGCGUACAAGGCGUACCUUAAGAGGUCAUUUAGCCAAAAUUUAUGCUAUGCAUUGGGGAUCUGAUUCAAGGUUACUAGUGAGUGCUUCCCAAGAUGGAAAAUUAAUUAUUUGGGAUAGUUAUACAACAAACAAGAUGCAUGCUAUUCCUUUGCGGUCUUCCUGGGUAAUGACCUGUGCGUAUGCACCAUCUGGCAAUUACGUCGCUUGCGGUGGAUUAGACAACAUCUGUUCUAUCUACAAUUUGAAGACACGGGAGGGCAACGUACGAGUGAGCAGAGAACUCCCCGGCCAUACUGGGUACUUGUCCUGCUGUCGCUUUCUAGACGAUAACCAAAUUGUUACAAGCUCUGGAGACACUACCUGUGCCCUGUGGGAUAUCGAGACAGGCCAACAGACAACUGCCUUUACUGGGCAUACCGGCGAUGUCAUGAGUCUCUCUCUAAGCCCAGACAUGAGCACUUUCGUUUCGGGUGCCUGCGAUGCCUCCUCCAAGCUCUGGGACAUCCGAGAUGGGAUGUGCAGGCAGUCGUUCAUGGGACACGUGUCUGACAUUAACGCAGUUUGCUUCUUCCCAAGCGGCCAUGCCUUUGCCACUGGUUCAGAUGAUGCCACCUGUCGACUCUUUGAUCUUCGUGCAGACCAGGAGCUCAUGUUGUAUUCUCACGACAACAUCAUCUGCGGGAUCACUUCUGUAGCUUUCUCAAAGAGUGGACGCCUCUUUUUGGCGGGCUACGACGAUUUCAACUGCAAUGUUUGGGAUACCCUGAAGGGUGAACGUGCAGGUGUUCUCGCUGGUCACGACAACCGAGUCAGCUGCUUAGGAGUGACUGAUGACGGCAUGGCUGUAGCUACAGGAUCUUGGGACAGUUUUCUCAGAAUCUGGAAUUAACGUGGCGUUUGAACCCCUCCCCUCCACCAAUAGACACGCACACCUUCUCCACUGAGAUCUGGAGAGAGCAAUGCUGCAGCCUCUUGCUGUGAAAUAACAUUUCUACUUUGUAUUUACAGGUGAAGUUUUUCUACUUGCUGAUUAUUGCAUAAGUAGGCUUUCUGUAAAUGAAAUUAAAACAAACACACAGAAAGAACGAAGAAGUGGUAGAUGGGAGAAAUCAGUGACUUUUCUUUCAAGGAAAAGAGAGAGAGAGGGCGGCACACCCUCUGUUUGUAGUGAGCAAAGCUAAAAAAAUAAAAUAAAAAAUAAGCCAGUCAGUUAGCAUUUCGUUUGGCUACAUUUGCCCUGAAGGGAUUUCUGCUUGUGCCCCAGUCCUGCUAAUUCUGUACCUUUUUGUACAUAAUUGAAUAUACACAUAGCAGCCAAUCAUGUAACAUUUUGUCUGUAAGUAAAGGAACAAUGUUCGCGUUUUUUUU